GUUGGCUUCCUUGCUUCUGCGCUUCCAAACCCCUGCAUGCGCUCUCACGUGUUGUGAGAUUUCUGAACCUGGAUAUCUUUGGCCGCAGAUUGGGCUGUCAAGGAAAUUACCAUUGAAUCGCUUCUCUACCUCGACAUAACAUUCCUCUUGGUCGCACAAAAUGGCAACUCAAUUACUGCCCCUCGAACUGAUUGAUAAAUGCGUUGGGUCCAAGAUCUGGGUAGUCAUGAAAGGUGACAAGGAGUUCAGCGGCACUCUUGUUGGAUUUGAUGAUUAUGUCAACAUGGUGCUCGAAGAUGUCACAGAAUUUGACUAUUCCGGCAAUCACACGAAGCUUUCAAAGAUCUUGCUGAACGGAAACAAUAUUUGCAUGCUGAUACCUGGUGGAGAAGGACCGGUUGCUGCUGGAUCAUGAUGAUGCUGGGAUAGGCAUAGGUUAGGAGAGCUGGGGAGGACUCUGGGAGCCGACAUCGUCUAAAGCAAGCAGUCAUGAUUGCGCUGGCUUCCUCAAAACAUCGGCUUCGUGUCUAUUUCGCACGUACCUGCAAUACAAGCAAAUUCAACCAGUGCAUCUUGAUCAAGCUCGCUCUCAUGGGAGACUCUAUUCCUUGUCACGAAUGAAGUGGAG